AUAUGUAUGUAUCAGAUCAGUAUCAUCAUAUGUAAAAGCAUAAUUUGUCGAGAUGGUGGAUGAAUCAACGAAGAAAACUUUAAGUAACAUUCCGUUACUGCAAACAAAAGCCAGUCCUAGAGAUAAAGAUUUAUGGGUGCAAAGAUUGAAGGAAGAAUAUCAAGCUCUAAUUAAGUAUGUCAAAAAUAAUAAAGAAGCAGACAAUGAUUGGUUUCGACUGGAAUCAAACAAGGAAGGUACCAAGUGGUUUGGCAAAUGCUGGUAUAUUCAGAAUUUCUUAAAGUAUGAAUUCGAAAUAGAAUUUGAUAUUCCUGUUACGUAUCCCACAACGGCACCUGAAAUUGCUUUACCAGAAUUAGAUGGUAAAACAGCAAAGAUGUACAGGGGAGGUAAAAUUUGUCUCACUGAUCAUUUCAAGCCAUUGUGGGCUCGCAAUGUACCCAAGUUUGGCAUCGCUCAUGCAAUGGCUCUUGGAUUAGGACCAUGGUUGGCAGUUGAGAUUCCAGAGCUUAUAGAAAGAGGUGUUGUAGUUCAUAAAGAAAGUGAAAAGAAAUCAUGAACAUUAUAGAUAAAAAGUGGCAAAAUAACUAAAACGCGAUUAUUGGUCCUUAAGUGAUAUUUCCCCUGUUCCUCUCUCGAGAGGCUUUGGUUGAGAUGCAUCUGGUUUCCAUCCCAACAUAUAUAUUAUCUGAAACGUGGCAGGAACGAAUACAGUACCAUCUUCUUUGACUUUUCCAUACAG